UUGAAAAUUUUUCAGUAUUCAAACAUCAACCGUUCAAAUUAAAUCUCCUCCCCUUCCAAAAAUUUUGUUUAAAUUCUAAAAGGAUCAAAAAUAAAUCAAAGUCCAAAUUAGAAAUUACUCUUAAUAUUUCGCGGAUAGGAAAGACGGAUUGCAUAGGCUCGACCAAGCGAACACAAUUGAUGAUAUCGAGCCAGUGCAGUCGAGGAACCGCGAACAUAUAUAGAAGAUAACGAAAUCGGUGGAGAAAUUGCGAAGCUCGACGAAUCGACGCGACGGGCGACGUUAAUUAAUAUCAAAGUUCCACGAUCAUUUGUGUUUUGCUUCUUUUACUCCCUAAAAUAUCAUAUAUUGUGGUAACUUUCGCAUUUUCAUACAAACCGAGAAAUUCAAACAUUGGAUUCUGAUUUUUGAUUGGAGCAAGCAAACGUAAUACGUUCAAAUUAUAAAUCGUAACGGAAAUUGAUAUCUAGACGAGCAACUGGUAUCUGGAGGAGCACAUGCAAGAUGAAUAAGUUUGUUGCCAACACCUUGUCUCGAGACACCUAUCGGGUCUUCUCCAGCGAAAUGUACUCCGCAUUGAACAAUCCUUUGACACAGCAUAGUGCUGAAAUGGCGGAAGGUAAUGGCGAACUGUUAGAUGACAUUAAUCAGAAAGCCGAUGACCGUGGCGAUGGCGAACGUACCGAGGACUAUCCCAAGUUGCUGGAAUACGGUCUGGACAAGAAAGUUGCCGGCAAAUUGGAUGAAAUCUACAAGACCGGCAAGCUGGCUCAUGCCGAGCUGGAUGAGCGCGCCUUGGAUGCGCUCAAGGAGUUCCCCGUCGAUGGUGCCUUGAAUGUGCUGGGUCAGUUCCUCGAAUCGAACCUGGAGCAUGUGUCAAACAAGUCUGCCUAUUUGUGUGGCGUGAUGAAGACGUACCGCCAGAAGAGUCGAGCGAGCCAACAGGGCGUGCCAACGCCCGCAGCCGCUGUUCAGGUCAAGGGACCCGAUGAAGACAAGAUUAAGAAGAUUCUCGAGCGUACCGGCUAUACAUUAGAUGUGACGACAGGCCAGCGUAAAUAUGGCGGACCGCCACCGGACUGGGAGGGCAAUGUGCCGGGCAAUGGGUGCGAGGUAUUCUGCGGCAAGAUACCCAAGGACAUGUACGAGGAUGAGCUAAUCCCUCUGUUUGAGAAAUGCGGCAAAAUCUGGGACCUACGCCUCAUGAUGGACCCAAUGACGGGCACAAAUCGUGGUUAUGCAUUUGUCACAUUCACAAAUCGCGAAGCAGCCGUUAAUGCAGUGCGCCAGCUCGAUAAUCACGAAAUAAAACCCGGCAAGUGUCUGAAAAUAAAUAUAAGCGUACCGAAUCUGCGCCUUUUCGUAGGCAAUAUACCCAAGUCAAAGGGCAAAGAUGAAAUAUUAGAGGAAUUUGGUAAACUUACAGCUGGCCUUUACGAGGUAAUCAUAUACAGUUCGCCAGAUGAUAAGAAAAAGAACCGUGGCUUCUGCUUUCUCGAAUACGAGUCGCACAAGGCGGCAUCUUUGGCCAAACGAAGACUUGGCACUGGUAGAAUUAAGGUUUGGGGAUGUGAUAUAAUAGUCGACUGGGCCGAUCCACAGGAGGAGCCGGAUGAACAAACUAUGUCCAAGGUUAAAGUUCUUUAUGUGCGAAAUCUAACUCAGGACGUCUCCGAGGAUAAGUUGAAGGAGCAAUUUGAGCAAUAUGGAAAGGUGGAACGAGUUAAGAAAAUUAAAGACUAUGCCUUUAUACACUUUGAGGAUCGUGAUAGCGCCGUCGAUGCUAUGCGUGGCCUUAAUGGCAAGGAGAUCGGCGCCUCGAAUAUUGAGGUCUCUCUCGCCAAACCCCCCUCGGACAAGAAGAAAAAGGAGGAGAUUCUGCGGGCUCGUGAGCGCCGUAUGAUGCAAAUGAUGCAAGCGCGUCCCGGGAUCGUGGGAUUCGAAACCUUGUCUCCAUACAGAAAUCUGUCGCCGACACAUGCCAACAUGAUGUCCCUGACGCCCAUGCGCCUCCAAGGGGCGCGCAUGCCGCUGCGUACGCCGAUACCUCGCGACUACGACUAUGAUUACGACUAUUUCGGUUUCUCGGACUACCGCCCCGGUGCCUAUUCCAAUGAUCUGUACUAUGAUGAUAUGUACCGUGCUUAUGAUCAGGACUAUGGCUUCUAUGAGUACUCGAAUCCCACGGGACUUGGGGGAGCUGGUAAUGGCGGCGUCGGCGGCGGCGGCAUCGGAGGAGGAGGAGUGUCCGGAUCGAUGAUGCCGAUGCCGGGUGGCACCGCCCAGAGUGCUCCGCUAUCCGGGGGCCAGCGAACGGCCAGGGGCAUGACAACUGGUCCCAGUGGCUCGGCAGGUCCUGUUAUGGGAGUUGGUCGUGGGCUUGGAAUCACAGUGCCGCGUGGCAGAGCCGUUGGCCCGCGUGGCAGCAUCAGUCGUCUGGGGGGCCAAACAGUGCCACAGGCGGCGGCAGCGGCGGCGGCGGGACAGGCGGCGGCGGCGGCAGUAGCUCAGCGGGGGGCCACCGGUCAGGGGGCGCCGGCAGCAACCGGGGGGGUCCGUGGGGUGGUGCCAAUGCGUCCCAGCGCUCGUGGCACCCAGCACGUCAAGCCGCUACAAAAUUUACCAGUAGUCGGUAAACGUAAGUUCGAUGGAGGUCACCAAAAUCCGGCAGAUGUUAAGCGACGUUACCCGAGCGGUUUGAUAGGAAAUGGCGGCAGUUGGGGCAGUUUACCGCUACCACAGCAACCUUUAGGCACCAAUGGUGAACAGUGGUACAUGGAUACGUUUUCGGCAUGGAGUUAAAACCACACACAGCAACAACAACAGCAACAGCAAGUGCAACAACAACAACAACAGCAACAUCAACAUCAACAUAAAACAAUUGAAAUCAGUUAAAAGCAUCAUUACGUACCGCAUCGCAUGGAGGCCAGCAGGUCAACUUCUCCUAACCACAUCCUGGAGAAGAUCCAUUUUGCGUCACAGCAACCACACUCUUACAAGCAAUACAUUUAGUUUCAACAAAAGUGAAAAAAACGAUAUAUAUAUAUAUAAAGUAUAAAGAAUACCGAUUAGCAGCAAUUCAGAAAGCAUCGUUUAGAGGGAUUCGUUUCGAACUUGUUCAUUUGCUAUGCGAAAUAUCCAUGAUAGCAGGUCAAUAGGUCGAGUAGAGAGUAUAUGUAUAUGUAAUCACAUAAACAAAUAGCCUUUGCAGCAAAACAGCAUUUUAAACGCAAAUUUUUCAUUUAGAGUCUAGCCGAUUUUCCCAAAAAAAAACCAACAACAUUUUAAAAUAAAGCCUCACAACGUAGAUAAACCAAAGUCAAAUUGUUUUAAAAGUUCACAAAACAAAGAAAGAAAGAAAAUGAAAAGUAUAAACAAAUUUGUCUCAUAGCGUUUUUAACUUGAAAUUGAAACAAUAAUUGAGCAUAUAGCAAACCUAUAUUAAAAUGCAUACAAAUAUAUUUAUCUAUAACUAUAUAGAGAGAGCAGUCUAAGCCCGUACAGAUUGAUUUUAAAUCUUAAGCAGCAUGUAGCACCUUUUAUACAUUGAAAACAAGAAACAAAAAAGAUAAGAAAAUGAUUAAUUCAGAUUCGAUUUAAACUAAACACCAUUUUACAAUACUUGCAAAGGGCAUAAAUCUUCUACUGUAUAUAACCAAUGAAUAGCUGGCAAAUCGCUGAAGCAACAAUACAUAUACAGACGAGAUCGGGCUCAGAGAUGAAUUAAUGUUUAGCAAUCUGACAACACCAAGAAACAAGAACACACAAUUCAAAUUGAAAAGCAAAGCUUAAUGAGGAAACAUUGACUGACAAAGAUAACAAAAAAAGAAAAUAAAAUUAAUAAUUAGAUUGAAUGAAUUAAAGUGAGAGCGAUAAGAAAAUACAAAAAAUUAAAAAAAGGCGCCCAGCAUUAUCAUAUAAUGUAUGGCGGCAGCAACUGGCAAGACUUUCUGCAUACAUUUGAAAACGAACUAUUUUUUAACAAGCGUAAGUUUUAGGCAACUUCAAAUCAAUUAUCUGUCAGAAGUAAAAACGUAAAAUUAAAAUACAAAAAAAUAUGUAGAGCUAAGUAAUUGCACACACAAAAACACACAAGACCUACACCUACACUCGAGCAAAUAAGCUCAAAAAUCGCAAGUCAACACGAAAUUCGGACUGGAAAAAGGUCCGUGAAAUGAAGCAACGAAUUAGAGAGUCAGGAUGAGGAGGACACUGACGAGCGGAGAGACCACACAUCACAAAACAGUAAACUAAUAAUACAAUUGAAUAUUAUAAAUUUAAUACCAUAACGCAUACUUAAUAUUAACACACGUACGAUGCAGCAAUCGGGUCGUACUUAACCGUGGAGAACUAGACAACAAACUAUGAAAUCAAUUAGCCAGCGCUCAAGUGCGUUAAUAGCAGCAAAACCUAAUUAACUCAAACUAUGAAAUUCUAUUUAAAAUCCAGUUAUCUAAUAUCAAGUUCAGACUAGUCUCUUCCCACUUUCCUUUACUCAUCAUCUACAACUGCUACGCACAGAAAUACGGAAAUACGGAAGGAGAUCCAGCAGCCGUACGCUAAGAUAAUAAUAUAACACAGAUAAUACAGAUAAUAUAUCAGAUGCCGACUUGCAAAUUGAAAAAUAAACUAACUCCAUGCCUAUAAAGAGAAAGAACAACGCCACACACACGUGUCAAAGUACGAUUAUAGGGAAAUCAAUGAGAAAAAAAACAAAAACAAUGAAACUUGCCUUUCUUUAUUAAUUUUUAUAAUUUUUGCAAAAAUUUCGAGAUAACAAAUCGUGUUUGGUUGAACAAAAUUCUGUCGUUUAAGUUUCCGCUAUUGCAAGAUCUCAAGUAAAGCAAAAAAAAAGUUAAUUAAUAUAUAUAAAUGUAUAAAACGAAAAGAAACAAAAACAAAAAAUAUAUAAAUUAGUUUUAAACUAACGAAAGAAUACUUCCAAUUUUGAACUCAAGUAUAAAGCAAAAUACAAACUGUUGGCAGUAGUUGAUGAAGGACGCGUGUGUUUUAAAACGUAUCUAUGAACAUUGUUCAGCAUAAGCCUAAAAACAAUAAACGUUUUUUUAAAUUUAAAAAGUACACAUACACAGACAACACACAUACACACACACCAAGCAGUUGCCUAAAGUAAUGAAAUUUAACGAUAAAAACAAAAAAAAAACAUGAAUUAAACCUUGCGCAAAAUUUGCAAACCAGCAAAGAACUUUAAAUACAUAAUAUUAGCCACAAACAAUAAGAGAAUAUAUACAACAAAUUCUAAAUGACCAUAGUUAAGCUUAAAUUUAGUAACACUCAAUACACACACACAAACAGAACACACACACACACAUAUAUAUACA